GUGUGUGUUUCUGACUUCUGUUUCGACCCAGGGAGGCGGCAGCCCCACCACCAGUUUGGGCUCUUGUCUCCAUCGAAUCUUGACGCUAUCGAAGAUCUCCCAGGCUCCACUGUUUGGCUUGUGCCCUGCGAGCUGGAAUCCCAGCUCAGCGACGAGAUAAGAUCAUGGAUGGGGCCUCCGCAGUCACUUUUUUGCUUGAUGUUUUCUUUUUUUUGUUGCUUUCCCGGAGUUGUGGUUCUGACAGUCCUUUGAUCUCGGCAGCAAGAUCCCGCCCGCGCAUCCCUUAGACGACGAACGACCCCUUGCAUACCCUUCCUGACAUCAUACGCUGCGAUCCCUAUGUCCCCCUCCCGCCUCGACGACUACAUCGGCGAUAACAGCGCGCCAGGUUCCGCCUCGGGCACCUCCACUUCGCGAUUCUUCGGCAAGCUCAACACGUCCAUGAUCCAGUCCAAGUUCCUGGCCCACCCGGAAGACCUCGGUAUCGUCGCCGUCGGCUUCUCGGGCGGGCAAGGCAAACCCGGCGUCGACGCCGCCCCCACCGCCCUCAUCGAGUCGGGUCUGCUGGACCAGCUGCGCGAUGAGCUCGGGUACAACCUGCACGGUCACGACGCCGUGCACAACUACACCGACCUCGUCCCCGCGCAGGAUCCGCCUCACCGCGGAAUGAAGAAUCCCCGCGCGGUGUCGGCUGUGACGAGGAAGAUCGCCGACCAGGUGUAUGCGCAGGCGCGCGAGGGACGGUUGGUGCUGACCCUGGGCGGGGAUCAUAGCGUCGCGAUCGGUACCAUCGCGGGCAGCGCCAAGGCGAUCAGGGAACGGCUGGGCAGGGAGAUCGCGGUCAUUUGGGUCGAUGCGCACGCCGAUAUCAACACCCCCGAGACGAGCGGCAGCGGGAAUAUUCAUGGCAUGCCGGUCAGCUUCUUGACAGGGCUCGCGCGGGAGGAGAAGGAGGAGUUUUUUGGGUGGUUGAAGGACGAGCACCGGAUUAGCGUCAAGAAGUUGGUGUAUAUCGGGCUGCGGGAUGUGGACGCCGGGGAGAAGCGGAUCCUGAGGGAGAAUGGGAUCAAGGCGUUUAGCAUGUUUGACAUUGACAAGCAUGGCAUCGGUCGCGUCAUGGAGAUGGCGCUUGCCCACAUCGGCAGUGACACGCCCAUUCACCUGUCAUUCGACGUCGACGCCCUCGACCCCAUGUGGGCUCCUUCGACCGGCACCCCAGUGCGCGGCGGUCUGACGCUGCGAGAGGGCGACUACAUCUGCGAGGUCGUGCACCAGACUGGCAGCUUGAUCGCCGUCGACCUCGUCGAGGUUAACCCGCGGCUGGCGCCUGAGAACGAUAUUGGCGCGCACGAGACUGUGCGGGCUGGAUGCUCCCUCGUGCGAUGCGCACUAGGCGAGAGCCUACUGUGAAUAAAUGAAAGUCGGGCAGCGGAUUCUGGCAUGGUUUUGUUCAUAUUAGGUAGAUCUGUCGGCGGGCAUACAUUCCAUGGCGCCAUUGGUGGAUUGGACGGUUUCGGAUAUGUGCGGCAAUGUUUCUCAUGCUGAUUCACGGUUCACUUAGUGCUUGAUAGAAGGGCCGUUUUGUUUGGAAAAUGUGGAGCCGUUCCAUUUCAUACUUUCUGUCAUUAUGCCAUGACCUG